UCUUUUGUUUAUUGGUUCCCCGUUGAUAGUAGCCAACACGUUUCAAAAUGUUGUAAGAAGUGACAUUUGUCAGAAGGUUAACAUUAACUUCAUGCUUGCGUAAACGCAUUUUGCGUUUACAAAGCAUUGCACUUUAACCAAGCUGAAAACAUUUGUUAGGCAAUUCUGCUUAUGCCUGCAGUGUUACUCUGUGAAAAUAACAGCUGUAAAAAGUUCAGUAGUGGGAGAACAAUAGUAAAUAGAAAUAGAAAGUUUUACUUAUUCUUAUUUCAAUAAAACUGCAUUUACACUUAGCAGGCAUUCAUAAGCAUAUAUGAUGUCUCUAUUAUUUUUUUAUUUUAUUGUUUUGACACCGUAGUAACCACUAACAGAGGAAAUAAGAUUCAUGCUUGAAUGACAUAAGUAACAUAUUUAUUUUUGUGCCUCAAAUAUGCAAAGAUACACUGUGACUUUAGAAAUACACAAGAGGAUAUGAAUUCCCCUUUUGUUUCUUGCUGUCAUUUACAAGCCAUUUGAGCUUUCCUGUCCCGCUGAGAACAACAGAUUCAGUACGAAGUUACUGAAUAUACUCGUCUACAGACAGAUGAUGUUUCUUAAAUCAGUUCCUCUCUGUUUGACUGUUCUUGUGUUCAGUUCCUCAAGUGAUUCAGCUGGACCUUUAAUAAAAAUUCUCGAACCAGAACAAGCAAAAUCUGAAGGAUCAUGUGUCACCAUCUCCUGUACUUAUUAUCAAAGACAAGAUAAAAACUUGAAACUUCUCUGGUUUAAGAAUCCAGUAUAUGAUCAAGAAGCAAGCCUCUUUAUUGGGACUAUUGUAUAUAGUAACACAGAUGAUCGUCCCCAGUCAGCAGGUUACUCGAGUAGAGUCGAAUACAUCACUGAUAAAACAGAAAACCCCAGAAAAUCUUGGAUAAAAUGUGAUUUAAGAAUCAAUGAUCUACAGAAGACAGACAGUGGAAAUUACAGCUUAAGAGUCAUUGGCUCAGACAAAUACAAAUACAUGAGCACACCUAUGAGUCUCACAGUUACAGACAAUCCUUGUAAGGUGAACAUUGAUUCAUCAGAGAUUAAGUAUUCAGUCAAAGAGUCAGAUGAAUUUACUGUUCGCUGUUCAACCUCUGUUUCCUGCUCAUCUCAUCCUGAGUGGAUUCUCCAUAAACAAGAACAAGAACCAGAAAGAGUGACGUCAUCAAAUAACAGAUACACACCGAAUAAAGAGGAAAAUGAAGAAAAAAAGAUCACCAGAUUAAAAUUUAAUCCAACAUGGGAAGAUGACAACAUGAUCCUGUCUUGUCGUCCAGAAGAAAGUCAGGACAGCUGCCUCACUAGAAAUAUCACUCUGUCUGUUGAAUAUGCACCAAAGGAUGUAAAGGCAACAGUGAGCUCUUAUAAUGUAAAAGAAGGAGAUUCUGUUACUCUCUCCUGCACCUCUAGAGGUCGCCCUAAUGCCACCAUCUCAUGGUUCAAACAAGAGAAGGAAAUAUCACAAUUGGCUGAGUGGAGACUAGUUAAUGUUAAACCAGAAGACAGUGGACAAUACUACUGCAAAGCUGAAAACAUGCACGGAAAAGCAGAAUCAAAUAAAAUUUCUAUCAAUGUUAAGUAUGGUCCAAAACAAGUCAGGAUGACACCUGCUGUUAACAUCAAUGAUCUCAAAGAGGGAGAUGAGCUGAAACUGAAGUGUUCAGUGGGGGACAGUAAUCCAGCAGUCAAUCAGUUUCAAUGGUAUAGAGAUUAUUCCCAGUUAUGGCAUCAAACCAGUCAGACAUUAACCAUCAGUGGAGUUACACCAGAACACAAGGGCUCUUACUACUGCAAAGCAAGCAAUGGAAUAAAAAUAGCACAAUCUAAUAGACUUCAGGUAUCUAUAAAGUAUUCACCACGCCAAAUUCAAAUAGAGGGUGAAAGAUCAGUAAAAGUGGGCUCCGGGCUAUAUCUAACAUGUUCAGCUGAUGCAAACCCUCCACCAUCCUCAUACACUUGGAAACACAAAACUACAGUGAUGUCUGAAACAUCUAGUGUGUUAUACAUUCAGAAAGUGACCACUGAUCAUUCAGGGACGUACACAUGUGAUGUUACAAAUGCUAUUGGUACAAAAGCUGAAUCCAUUGACGUUGACAUGCUAUAUCCCCCUUCUACACCUGAGUUGACCAUAAAGAGUGAAGUGAGAGAAUAUGAUGUGAUCGCAAUAAUCUGCAAAGUGCAAAGUUUUCCUGAAUCACAGCUGACAGUGACCGGACCCUCAGAUCUCAAAAACAUUCAUACGAGUCGAAUGAACAGCACUAAAUAUGAAAACAUGUUAAAAAUCUACCUGAAUAUAAGUGAGUCAGAUGCAGGUGUGUACAGGUGCACGGCAAAAAAUACAGAGGGAACAAAAAACAUUGAAAAACAGCUGCAGGUGUUGCAUGCACCUAAAAAUGUUAGCGUGAGACCUGAUGGAGAUCAAACGAUAGGACACAAGCUGACUCUUGCAUGUGACUCUCGAUCUAAUCCAACAUCAUCCUCUUAUGAGUGGAAGAAACUCAUCAAUGGAGAAUUAAAGACAGUUGGGAAAUCACAGAAACUCCACUUUCAUUCCCUGAACAUCAAUGACUCUGGUCAAUACAUCUGUGUUGCUGGGAAUAACAUCGGAAAAGCAGAAUCUCCACCAGUUUAUAUCAAGGUGAAAUAUCCCCCAAAUAUUAAUGUCUUUAAUAACGUGACAACUCAGAGGAAUUGGGAGCAUCCCGUCUAUCUGAUCUGCAAUGCUGAUGCUCAUCCUCCUCAGAAAGACUUCAAAUGUUACAGUCUGGAGAAUAAAACAAUCUUGUCACACCAUCAAAACUUCACCGUUCUACCUCAGAACCCAGAAAUGUACUACUGCACCGCAACCAAUGAUGUUGGGACCUCAAAAUCUGAACCCAUCACAUUUGUCCACGGUUUUGACACUUUGGACUUUUCAGUGAUGAUGUCGUUUUUGACAGGAAUGGCAAUUUCUGCAGUCAUCUUUUCUAUGGUUUUGUGUUACUUCCCUAAAAUGUGCAACAUUUAACAAAAUGUUUCUCUCAAUAAUCGUAUGAAUGUCUUCUCUGUGAUUUCUCCUUAAAACAUUUUGCAUUCUGUAUAUUUUCUAUAUAAUUUGUCAACAGAAAAAAAGUGGCAUGAAAUUAUGGAUCCACACGUAAAAAAUACAAUUAUUUAUGAGGUUUAUCAUGACAAAGAAGUAAGACAAAGAAAUGUGACCUCAAACAUUUUUUUUCUGACAGUGUAAUUCUAAAAGACAUUGUGAAACAGUAACAAAAUAAUCAAUGCUGUUGCUAAUGUAAAUAAAAAGUAAAAUUAAUGAAUAUUUGUUUACACAUAAUUAACCCUCAAGAGUUCCUUUAAAAAACUUCCUUAAGUGUUCCUAAGGCCACAAAAUGACACCUUCCCAAAAACUGCUCUAAAAAUAUCAUACGUCAAUAUUUUUUUCAUUUUAAACAAUGCAGUCUUUUAGAACUACUUCUGCCUGAAACAUACAUCUGAAAUAUUAAUUAAAAUUGUGGAAAUUUUAACCCUUUACAUG